UUUGAUUGGUAACAUGAUACUAUCUUGUGAAAGAAAAUCAUCAACAAACCUCUUCUUUUCACUUUCCUCUUGAAAAUAAUUACUUAGCAUUUAGAAGUUGUAUUCAAAAAUCAAAAUAAUUUGUUAUCUCUUUUCCAACAAAAAUACCCAAUUUGUAAACCCACCACCAAUUAAUUGUUUAUAGAGAUUUUCGAGAUGGCCGACCACUUGUGAGAGUGUAGAGUACUUUUUUCUUUUAUAUUUUAUCUUUUACUAUAUAUUCUAAGUGAAACUCUUCUUUCUCACUUUUGUACCUUACUUCAGAUCUAAUCUCUCUUUCUUCACAUUAAAUCUCACCGCCGAUUAAGGAUGAUGGCCAGAACAGCUGUUGUUUCUGCAAUUGAUCUCAUUCAUCCAAGAGGAUUUCUCAAUCGAUGGUCGCAGCAUAAAUCGGGUAUUCUCUCUCCUCUGUUCUCUCUCUUCUCUUCCGAUGCUUUUCAACCUAAGCGGUCUAGAAUCGAUUUCAGUUGUGUUAAAGAAUUAAAUGAUUGUAUUGAAUUAUUUCAUAAAAUGAAGAGUAUGCGGCCGGAGCCUUCUGUUCACCUCUACACCAAACUCAUGAGUGUUAGUGUAAAGAUUGAACAGUAUUAUUUUGCCCUUGAUGUGUUCGAUGAAAUGCUUAGGAUGAGUGUCUCGGUUGAUAUUUACACAAUGAGUAUUGCUGUCAACUGUUGUUGUCUCUUGAAAGAUAUAUAUUCUGCUUUUUCUAUAAUGGGAUUCUUUCUAAAGAGAGGUUACGAACCAAAUGUCGUGACUUUCGGCACUCUCAUAAAAGGGUUAUUCUUAGUUAAUAAGGAGGCUGAAGCCGUGAAACUGUUCGAAAAGAUUUUGGAUUUAAAACUUUGCGAGCCAAAUGGUGUUAUGAUUCUGCACGUGAUUGAUGGGCUGUGCAAAACUGGACAGGUCAUUGAAGCCCAUGAUUGGCUUCAUAGAUUAGAAAGUAGUGGGUGGAGCCCCAACGUUUACGCUUAUACUGCACUAAUUGAUGGAUUUUGCAAGGGUGGAAUGGUGGACAAUGCCUUCAAGGUUCUAUCAAAAAUGGUUGGGAAUGGUAUUUUACCUAAUGUUGUCACUUAUAGUUCCAUUAUUAAUGCAUACUGUAAGGAAGAAAAGAUGGAAGAGGCUGAGAAUAUAUUGGAAAUUAUGAUGCAAAAAAAUAUUUGUCCCGAUGUCUUUACUUAUUCUUCGCUUAUUGAAGGGCUGUGCCUGAAGGGUGAAAUCGAAAGAGCGAAACAGUUACUUGAUUCCAUGGUAGAGAGGGGCCUUAAACCCGAUAUUGUUAACUAUAAUACCUUGCUAAACGGAUAUUGCAAGAAGGGAAGCAUGGAUGAAGCUUGGCUUAUUUUUCUUGAAAUUCCCAGUAAAGGUCUCGAGCAUAAUGUGCACACUUAUAAUACAUUAUUGGAUGGGUUGUUCAAGCGUGGGAUGGUUGAUGAAGCUCUGCUUCUGCUGUCCGAGAUGGUGGAGAAGGGCAUCUCGCCUAAUGUUGUCACAUGCAACAUAUUGAUAGAUGGAUAUUGCUCGCAUGGCGAGAUGGUUAGAGCUAGAGAGCUCUUCAAUUCUAUGGCAAAGAUGGGGAUCAAGCCCAAUAUAUUCACCUACGAUAUCUUGAUUAAGGGAUACUGCAAGGCGGUAAACCUUGAUGAAGCGUGGCGUUUCUUCGAUGAAAUCUUGCGUGUAGGUCUGAAACACUCGACUAUGUCAUACAACACAAUGAUGCACGGGCUAAUACGCCAAAGUAGUUUUUCAGACGGGUUGAAGCUUUUCCACGAUAUGGAAGCUCAGAAUCUACAUCCAAAUCUCUACACCUACAAUAUCUUGUUGGAUGGCUUGUGUCGGAUACGUCGGCUUGAUGAGGUGUUUGCGGUUUUGAUGGUGAUGGAGGCGAGAGGCGUGAAACCUGAUAUCGUAUCGUAUGGUGUUCUGAUCAACAGCUUAUGCAAGGGCGGAAGACUUGAUGAUGCUACGAGGCUCUUCAACCAUCUCCCUUCCAAGGGCUUGAAACCUAGCGCACAUACCUACAACAUGAUGCUCGACUCCCUCUACCAUGAAGGGCGCGAAGGGGAGGCGAGGAUGUUGAUGGUGGAGAUGGAGAGGAGCGGCUGCGCGCCUAAUUUCGUGACGUUCAAUAUUAUUGUGUGGAAUCUGGUGAAGAGCAAAACAGUGCAUGUGGCGAUUCCUUUCUUGGAGGAGAUGUGCAGGAGAGGAUUUGAUGUGAAUUCGCAGAUCAUUUCUGCUUUGCUUCAGGAACUUAGAAGAGGAGAAGGGAAAGAUGAGAAAUUGCAAGAGAUUCUUAAGAAAGUUUGUGCUCAAAAUCGACAAGUGAAUGUUCUAUUUUGAGGAUAAUUUAUCACGUGGGAUUUUCACUUGUCAAGAAGUGAUUCAUAGAAUGCUAAGAGUGAUAUAUACUUGAAGGGAGUUCCACCAUCGGGUGGUCUUGCUGCACUGUGUCUUGUGCUAGUAUGGAACCAUCUGCUUUGAGUUUCUCGUCUUGUUGUUAUUUUGCAAGCAUUUGCAUGUGGUGAAUUAACUCCGUGUUGUCUGAUUUUGCUGUUUUCCAUCAGCCAUUUCCACUACUUGGAAGAGUAGCCUUUUGAUUUUCACAUUUGCUAGAAUUGCAUUUUAUUGUGGAACGACUUUAGUCCUUGAUUGCACAAGAAGAUCAUACAUUCAACUCUCUGAUCAUCUCUAGAUUCAUCUUGAGGGCCAGAGACGAGACGAGACGAGGAGGAAGAAGGAGAAUGUUUUAUUUUAAAGAAUUGGUGAUGAUGGAAGGUUGGAUUUGGAAGGGGUUUUAUAUGCAUGCUUUCUAAGUGAGUGAAAGUGAUAAAUGCAUAUUCAAAUUUUCUUUUCAUUUUCCUAAAAAAAGAGUCCAUGUACUUGACUACUUUCAUUAUUUGGUAGCAGAAGAACUGGAUUUUGCUAGAUUCAUGUGCUCUCUGUGAUUAAGUUGGACCAUUUUUAAUUAAUGUGAA